AAAAAAUAUGCUGUGGUCCCUGUUGAGAUUAACAGCCAACUGCAGGAAGUCACAAAAUCUCUGAGCUACGUGGACACAAAGGUGGCAGAGGCAGUGGAGAGGAGUGGUCCUGUCCAGAGGCUGGGGACAAAGCUGUCUGAUGUCCAAGUUGGCCUGAGAUCAGUUCAGAACAGAAUGAAGGAGAGGAGCCCCACUGUUAUUGAAGCAAAGAUCACACAGAAGCGUGUAUGGGAUGAGCUGGAUGUCUGGCACUCCCGACUGGCAGCUCUAGAAGUGGAGAUGCAGGACUUGGAGAAGCCAGACGAGGCGCUGGUCCUCACAGAGAAACUGGUGGAGGUCCAGCAGCUUCACUCCCAGGUGGCUAAACAAGCCGAACAGAGGACAACUCUACUCAGCAAGAUACACACGUGGCUUCAAGAGCACCAAGAGAUGAUCAAGAGCUCCAAGAGCUGGAUGACUGAGGCUCAGUCCUGGCUUGCUGCUCCCUGCACGUACACCACAGCUAAAUGUUUGAGCAGCCACGUUCAUGCUCUGCAGAUUGUGUUAGGUGAUGCAUCCCAGAUCCGAUCGACGCUGCAGGGCUUCAGCUCUAUCCUGAGGGAAAUGUCGCAGGUCUGUGAUGUCACCGCUCUCCAGGACCAGCUGCUCGAAGCAGAUCGGCGAGUGGCGGAGGUUCAAGAGAGCUUCACAGCUCCUCUCUCUCAGCUAGAGCACGCUGCUGCUGAGGUGGAAGCCAUAGAGAGUGAAGUGCGGCGAAUGGAGACUGACGUAGCUGAGAUCAAGACCCUGCUCUCUUCCCCGGAGACUUUUCCCAGCCCCAGAGAGGAUAACCUCAAAAUGAUUGAGCAGAGGAUCCAGUCAAUGAGAAGAACAGUAGCUGAGAUCCAGAAGUGCAAACCAGGCCUAUGUCUCCCUGAGACGGCUGAGGAGACACUGACUGUUUUUAAAGUGGUGGAACAGUUUCAAACUCUGCUGCAGGACCUGGAGAAGAAGGUGCCUGCCCUGUUCAUUCAGCGGCCAUCUACUCCGAGUCCAGUCAAAAUGACACCCGAACACCAAGAGUCCACAUCCGAGAAUGACGAGCAGGGCCAAAUUACACUUGUUCAUUUUGAGGAGGACGUGCUGAAGAGGUCUGGAGGCACUUUGCAGACGGUGACGCAGUCCUCCCCUGAACAGAGACUGUCCAGGAAGCCAGACGUCGUCCCGGGAUCAGAGGGGCCUUUGGUGCCUGGGCCCCCGGCAGGGCCACGCCCCCAUGAAGGUAGCCUACACGCUUGUCUGGAGAGGGCCGGCCACCUGGAGGCGUGGCUCCUGGAGGCCCAGAGGAGUCUGGUAGCUGCUGGAGCUGCCUGCUCCUCAGCCAUGCAGAACAGUGUGGAGCAGCAACUCCUCACCUGUCAGGAUAUGUUUCUGGAGCUUGAGGGAAAAGUUGCAGACUUGUCAUCACUCGCUCUGACAGUAGAACAACAGCAGCCAAAUGAACGGGGAGCUGUGGGUUCCCAGCAGGAGGUGGUUGAAUGUCUGGCCUCCAAACUGGAGCUUCUGAAGGCCAACUUGGUCUCCUUCCAACAACUGCUGCAGGACACACAUGGAGAAGACAGUGGGGCCAGUAACAAACAGACACCAGAGCAGUCAGUUCCUCAGACAGAUCACCACCUUGGCUCUAAGUUGAAGCGCAGCAGCAGCGUUCAGGAGAUCUUUUCCUCACCUCAAAACAAACUCCUGAGACAGAGCAGCCUGCAGCAGCAAAAGGAGUUGGAACAGGAACUGACUGAGCAGAGAGGAUUGACUCAAGCCAUCUCCAGGCAGGGUAGUAGGGUUCAACUUUACAGUGAGGAACCAGAGGAUCACUGCCAGUUAAGGUUGUCUCCUGCUGAGGCUGAUGCGGAGGAAGACUCAGCUCAGAAGAAGUGGGAUCGCCUUCACAGUCGGCUGCUGGCUUUGGAGGAGAGCUGGCUGCUUUCUCCAUCUGAGGUGACAGACUCAUCUAUGAAGGGUGGAGAUGGAACAGCAGGACACAUUAUUGGGACAAAACACCUGAAAGAGCUCCAAAGCCCCAUCAGACAUCUGCGAGAGCUGGGACACACAUCUGCAGAGCUGCAGAAUCAGGCCUGCUCUUUGGACAGCCGUCACGAGCUGGAUGAGGGUUUGUUUCAUGUGCUGCACGGCGCGUCCCUGUCACUAUCAUCCAUCCAUAAUCUGCUGCACUCGCCUACUGAGACGGUGUAUGAGGAGGAGACACAGCUGCUGCUUCUGCAGAGCCUGUCUACAGACCUGGCCACGCUGCACAGUGAGUUGGUCGCUCAGGGGACAAAGCUCAGCCGUACCCUGGGCUCAGAGUGUGGUCAGCAAUGUGUAGAUGACAUGUGCAGAGUCCUCCCUGUUGUCCAGUCUUCACUCGCCCAGAGACAGAAGCAGCUAGUAGGUCUGCAGCAGCACACUGCAGAAAAACAGAGACAUCUUAAAGAGUUGCAUUCAGACUUCACUAAUAACAAACUCACUGUCCGCCGACUAACUGAGGAAAUCAAAGAACCACUGCGCCUGAAUGAGCAUCUCCAGACUGGUGUUCAGAUGCAGGACUGCCUACAGCAGCAAGCUGAGCAGGUAACAUCCCUGCUUGAGAAGGCUGACCGACACAAGCUUCCUGAUUCGCUUAUUCACCAGGCCAGACAGCUGCAGGUUGAGGUGGACUCGGUUCUGGGAGAUGUUCGCUCCCAUUGCACGGAGCUGAGAAGCUGCAUUGACCUUCAACAGCAGCAUGAAUGGUUGGUGCACAGCUUGAAGGAGCUGCUGAGUCUGGGCUCUGAGCGCGUGGCUCAGCAGCCUGAGACGGAGCUCCACGCCAGGCCUCAGCUCCAGCAGCAGCUCCACAGCCACACGAAGUUCUUCCACUUCUUGGGCCAUCAUCUCCACAUCCUUCAGUACUUGACAGAAAGAAUGCCGUAUAACGGCCCUUUGAGGUGGGAGGGAGUAAUGACAGCCCUACAGGAUGGGGUGACCCGACUGCAGCAGCAUGGACUUGAGAAAGGGGUCAGAAUGGAUCACACGUUACAGAUGUGGACACAAUGGGAGGAGGACAGCAUCUGGUCAGAGUCUGUUCUCAGAAACAUUGAGGCAUCAUUUCCCAAGAUGAAGGAGGGGGGUGACUAUGAGGAGCAGGUAUCACAGAACCUCUCUAUGUUCAAGGACCUGCGGCAUGUUCUGGAGGAGAAAAAGGUGCGGUUCGGACAGAUGCUGGAGUUAGGCCAUCGUCUCAAGGAGGCAGGCUGUGUGGGAGUGGGUGUAUCCACCUUCCAACUGGAGGCACGCUGGCAAUCCUUACACAAGAGGUUGGAGCAUGAAGAAACCAUCUGGGACAGGAAAAAGAAACUGAGAAAAAGGUUUCUGAGGGACUCUGCUCUGCUGACCGGCUGGAUGGCAACGGCGACGCAGCUGGAGAGGAAAUGGAGCCAGCUUGAUGUCUCAGCCGUUCAGAUGGAUGCUCAACAGAGAUGGGACUUCUACCUCCAGGCUGUGGGUUUGAGCAAAGACCUGGAGGCCAAAUCUGAGCUGAGGGGGAAAGUAAUUCACAUUGCUUCCCAACUGGUCCACCUGGAAGAAGAAGGUGGGGACUUAAUUAGAUAUAACGAUCUGACUGCUGAGUCUCAGAACCUGGACCAAGACCUCCACUCCAUCGUCGUUCUGCUCAGACAGAUUGAGUCAGAUUGGUCCACUCUACAUGUUAAUGUGUCCAACGUCCAAAAGUCGCUGCACAAGCUAUGGAUAGAUGGCCUGACACAGCAGGAGGCGCUGCAGGAGCUGCAGACCUGGUUAGGGGCAGCCAAUUCCCAGCUGGAGGAGUUAAAGAGCAAAAUCAAGCAGAACCAGAACACAAACGAGGAUCUUGGCAGGGUCCUGAAACACUGCAAGGAUUGUCAGAUUGAGGCGUCCACCUAUCAAGCCACGCUGGAUUAUUUCAGUCAAUCAUUACAGAGAUGUAGUCCUGACAAUGAGCAAAGGGGGCGCUAUGAACACAACCAGGAUGCAGAGCAGCUUGGUUGUUUGAACCAUCAGCUGCUCAGUUUGAAGGAAGACCUUCAUGUUCUGAUUGAUGAAGUGGAGCAGGAUAUGAGGGAUAGGCUGGAGGUGGACACUCGACUGAAGCAGAUCAGCACCUGGAUUACAGCCCAGAACCUUUGGAUCCACUCAGCUCAGACCCCCAGCAAUCUGACAGAACUCCAGAGAAGCAUCGGCUCCUGUGAGAACCUUCAGAAAAAGAUCAAGCAGAUGGAAACAGCCCUCCAGGAUAUGAGAGAGAAAAUCUGUAGCCAAAAGCAGAAGAGCAGCCGUGAUCAGAUCGCUCAGGCAGACACCAUAAUACAGGCCUGUGACACCCUCAGCCAACAGAAUGAAUCCACCAGACAGAGGCUGAUUCAGGCUCAGCAGCUGUGGAGCAGCUUGGAGAUGAAACUGACUCAAAUGAUGCUGAAAACUAUCAGAGCAUCUCAGACGCUGGGUUAUUACAGCUGCCCUUGUCUCACCCUGCAGGAGCAGAAGCAUCUUCAUGAAAAGCUUCAGCUUUUACAUAAGGAGACACAAUAUUAUGAGACGGGCUGGGAUGACCUGGGACAGACCAUCUCAUCUCUCAGGGAACUCAUCUGUCCGGCUGCCACUGCUGCCAUCACUGACUGGCUGGAAAAACAAAGAGACUGCUGGUCUCAGGUGUUAGGAGGUGUGAAGCAGCAGCUGCAGAAAGCUCAGGAGAUGCUGCUGCUCUGGGAGGUUUACACGCAGCUGAAAGGAUCUCUGUCCGACCGCCUGCAGGCGCUUCAGGGUGAUUCCACUUCUGAGCUGAGUUUACCAACAGGACAGGACAACACAGUGGAGCAGGCUGCUGUCAUGGUAACCAAAAUGGAGAGCCUCUUGAACAGAGCAAACACGCUGCUGUGUGACCUAGGACAGGUUCUGGAAGUCUCCAAGGACUUGGUUGUCUACCUCGAACCUUUAGCGGCCAGCUUGGUCCAAUCAGAGAGCCGAUUGUUGUCCCGCAGCAUCCUGCAGCUCAGCCAGCAGUUGUCUGCGAGGCGGGAUCAGCUCCAGGAGGAGCUUAAGUGGCUGCAGGACUUUGAAAACGAGCUGGAGUCUCUGGAGAGAAGUCUGGAGGAUUGGCAGCGGCGGCUGGAGAGUGGAGCUCAGACAGACCAGUCUGGCCUCCUGGAGCUGAACGGCUUGUCUGCUGACCUGGGCGUGCUGAAUGAGUGGAGCUGCAGCUUGACCCUAGGUGGCGCUGCGGCACGCCGCCUGCAACGCCUCAACCGCUGCUGGGCUCAAACGGCCACAAGAGCAGAAGAGGCCUGCAGUGAGCUACAGACAGAGCAACUGAGGCAGCAGCCUUUUGAGCAGAAGUGCGAGAGCUGGAUGGUGUUCCUGCAGAAGAUGGAAGACAGUCUGGCUGUGGACAUUAAUGGUUCUUAUAUUGGUCUCAGGCAGCAGCUCUGUACCCACAAGAGGUUUCAGGCAGAGAUUGUCAUUGGUCAGCAGAUUCUACAUUCUGUCAUUGCUGACGCUCUUCAUCUCCUGCAGAAAGGCGAGGUGGAGGACAGGAGUGACUUCAUCCUUAAGCUGGCCCAGCUCAGGGAGCACUGGCAGGGGGCGGUGCAGCGAGUUGACCAGCGGCGCGCUCUGGUGGAGGGUCUGGUGAGGCGCUGGCAUCUGUACACCCGCAGCCUGAGAAAGCUGCAGAGGUUCCUGUCAGACACACAGAACCUUAUCCCCCUUGCUGGACCGGCCCGCUGCAGCCUCCCACAGCUGAGGCGAUCUCUACAGGACCUCCAGCACACGGAGCUGCUGUUCCAGAGGUAUCAGAGCACCUUCAUCCACACUCUGGAGGUCGGCCGGCAGCUCUUCUCCAUGGCCGAUGAGGAGACUCAGACCCAGCUGCAGCAGCAGUUGGGAGCCCUGCAGGAGGAGUGGGAGAACCUUCACAGCCUGCUGGCAGAAAGAAUGGAUCUGACAGAGGCCAUCAUUAAGAACUGGGACGGUUGUGCGACCGGAAUAGCAGACAGCAUGCUGCAGCUAAAGGAGAUGAAGACCAGGGUAAACCAAUCGUUGCCAGAAUGUGAUGCUGACCUGCAGAGUGCCGCGAGGUUCAACGAGGAGAACGAGGACUCCCUGGAGGACUGGGCUAAGAGCCUGACGGAGCUGAGCACCAUGAAGACGGAUCUGUCCCAGUACAUCAUCGCUGACGAUGUCCUGCUGCUGCAGGAGCAGGUGGAGCACCUGCACUGCCAGUGGGAGGAGCUCUGUUUCAAGGUGUCUCUGCGCAAACAGGAGAUCGCUGACCGCCUGAAUGCCUGGAUCAUCUUCAAUGAGAAGAACAAAGAGCUGUGUGACUGGCUCACACAGAUGGAGAACAAGGUGGCUCACAACUCUGACCUGAACAUUGAGGAAAUGGUGGAAAAACUAAAGAAGGACUGCAUGGAGGAGAUCAACCUGUUCAGUGAGAAUAAGACCCACCUGAAGCAGCUCGGUGAGCAGCUCAUCACAGCCAGCAACAAGACCAAGGAGACAGAGAUCAACGAUAAGCUGAAGGACGUCAACGACCGCUGGCAGCACCUGUUUGACCACAUAGAGGCCAGGGUGAGGAAGCUGAAGGAGACGUUGGUCACAGUUCAGCAGCUUGAUAAGAACAUGAGCAACCUGCGUACCUGGCUAUCCUGCAUCGAGGCGGAGCUGGCCAAGCCAGUGGUCUACAACGUGUGCCACAGUGAGGAGAUCCACAAGAAGCUCGCUGAGCAGCAGGACCUGCAGCGGGAUAUCGAGCAGCACACUGAGAGCGUGGCAUCGGUGCUAACACUGUGCGACGUCCUGCUCCAUGAUGCUGAUGCAUGUGGCAGUGACUCCGAGAAUGACUCCAUCCAACAGACCACUCACAGCCUGGACCGCCGCUGGAGGAACAUUUGCGCCAUGUCCAUGGAGCGGAGGAUGAGGAUUGAGGAGACUUGGCGUCUCUGGUGUAAGUUCCUGGACGAUUAUUCUCGUUUCGAAGACUGGCUGAAGACAGCUGAGCUCACUGCAGCCAACCCUGAUUCAGCUAAUGUCCUCUACACCUGCGCCAAAGAAGAGCUCAAGAAGUUUGAGGCUUUCCAGCGCCAGGUUCACGAGCGGCUAACUCAACUGGAGCUGGUCAACAAACAAUACCGCCGUCUGGCCCGAGAGAACCGCACAGAUGCUGCCUGCAAGCUGAAACUGUUGGUUCAUGAUGGAAACCAGCGAUGGGACUCCCUGCAGAGAAGGGUGGCAGCUGUGCUCCGCAGGCUAAAGCACUUUACCUGUCAAAGAGAGGACUUUGAAGGAACUCGUGAAGGGAUCCUGGUCUGGCUGACUGAGAUGGACCUUCAGCUCACCAACGUGGAGCACUUCUCCGAGAGCGACAUCGAAGACAAGAUGAGGCAGCUGAGAGGCUUCAAGCAGGAGAUCACCCUAAACACCAACAAAAUUGAUGCCCUGAUUGUUUUUGGGGAGAAUCUAAUCCAGAAGAGUGCUCCUCUGGACGCUGUACUGAUCGAGGAUGAGCUGGAGGAGCUUCACUCCUACUGCCAGGAAGUGUUCGGCAGGGUGGCUCGCUUCCAUCACCGCCUCAUCAACAGAAGACCGAUUCUGGAUGACGACAGAGAGAUUUCAGAGCACAGAACAGACCCAGACCAGUCCUCUGAUGUGAUCAACGGGAGUUCCUGGACAGAGGAGAGGAGAAAGAAGGAGGAGGAUGAAGCUCCAGCUCUGGUCGGUGUCUCAGCUGGACGACAGGUUAUGUCCCACCUGCUGGUACCUCCUCCUGAGCGGUCCGGAAGAGAAACCCCUGUCAGUGUAGACUCCCUUCCCCUGGAGUGGGACCACACUGUUGAUGUUGGAGGGUCAUCAUCCCACGAAGACGAAGAGGACGCCCCCUUCUUCAGUGCUUUGUCAGUUAAGUCAGUUACGGAGCAGCACAGCUGGCAUCAGCCCGGCUCUCCAGGAAGGAAACGGGUCCCCAGAGAAAUCCUGCGGGGUCUGAGCUCCACCCCAAAUCCCAACAGCAGCUCUUCGUUUCACCAGGCAGGCUAUGCUAGGUUCAUGUCAGACUGCAGUGGGAGCAUCAACAGUGUGAAGAGAGUAAAGCUGAUCCUUAAUGAUGACCAGGAAGUCGAGGAGGCAGGUCUGAUCAGCAGCACAGCCAAUAGGCAGACCAGUACAGGUGUGAUUGAACGCUGGGAGUUGCGGCAAGCCCAAAAGGUCAGCGACGGGACAAACGUCAAGCACGACAUGGAGCACUGGCACAAACUCAACUCUGACCUCUGUGAUGUCACAUCCUGGCUGGGCAUAGUGCUGCCAGAGCUGGAGAAGCUGCAGUGCAUUGUUCCGUCCACCAGCAUCCGAGACAUCGAGGUCAACAUCAAGAAACUGAAGGACAUGAAGAGGACCUUUAACAGCUACAAGUGUCUGAUGAUCUCUGUGAACUUGGGCAGCAACCGCUUCCUGCAGGCCGACAGCGCUGCGCUUCAGGAGGCUCUGAGCUCAGCCAAUCACAGCUGGACACAGGCCUGCAGCGUUCUGGAGAGCUGGGAGGGGAAGCUGCACUCUGCUCUCAUGCAAUGUCAGGAUUUUCAUGAGGCGCUGCACUCGCUGCUACUGUUGCUCUCUGAGGCUGAGAACAAACUGCGUGCCGUCAACAUCUACAAGCCGUUACCUCCGCGGUCGACCCUACUGCAGCAGCGAGACAUGCUGAUGGCUCUGCAGGAGGAGCUGCACGGCAGACAUCAUCAGGUUUCUGCUUUGCAGGAGAUCUCCUCGCAGCUCCUGUUGGAGGCCACCUCCAAGGAAAGCGUGGAAGCCAAGGAGAAAGUUCAUGUCAUCAGCAACAAGCUUCAUCUGUUGCUGCGGCAGGUAGCUGCAGCCCUGUGUUCACUACAGGAAAUGCUGGAUACUUGCUCGACUGGCUGUGAAGCACUCAGUUUACCUCUGUUGCAUCCUAAGGAGGACGCUGGUUUACAGGCAGCUACACUCACACAGCCAUCGCCUAUCAGGGAAGAGAGAGGGGAUCCGUCCCUGCACCGACCUUUCUUCUACCGGAUCUUACGAGCUGCCUUCCCCCUCCACCUGCUCUUCCUGGUGCUGCUGGCCUUGGUCUGCCUUGUGCCGCUAUCUGACGAGGACUACAGCUGUACGCUGUCCAACAACUUUGCCAGAUCCUUCUACCCGAUGCUGCGCUACACAAAUGGCCCUCCACCCACGUGAAUGCUGCCAUGACGCUUGUGUUUAGGAUCUCAGCCAGACUAAAGUUUAAAAUCCUUUCUACAGACUCCUUAUCACGUCAUGGUUAAAACUACAGUUCUUCUCCACAGAAGAAUGAGGGAUGUGUGUGUACUUUGUUCAAAAUGCCCCCCCUCCCCCUUGAUUUAAAACAUAUUUAUUAUUUUGAUUUGAAGCCAUAUAACAGAAUUGUUUGUAAAUUUGUAGCGUUUUAAGUUGACAUUUUACCAAGUGGUCAUUAGACUAUGUGAAGCAAAUGAAGUCACAAGAUUUGUUAAAAAUAUUUUAAGGUGUGGGGAGAAGGGAUGAAGGACAGGUAUUACCCAGGUAUCAGCGGAGGAAAGAGAAGUCAGCCAUUUUUCAUCACUGCCACUCCUCCACAAUUUGUCUCAGAAAACUUUUUUUUUAACAAGUAAAACUGAUACUUUGUGGUGUAAUAUGUAGUGCUGUUUCAGACGAUAAUGUGUUGUAAAUGUGUCUAAAAUGGCGGAUAUGGUUUUUGUUCAAUGCAGGGAAUCAUUUACAGACAAUAAUAUUGGUGGAAACAAGUGUCUUUCUGAAUGUGGUACUUGAUCAUAAUGGUAUACAUUUUAAAUCCAUUGCAAUAUUUUCUUUUCAAAAUAGAGAUAAAGGGGAAAAAAAUAUUCUGGAUGUCACUUUUAGACAUUUUACCACAUCAUCCACUAUAAGAAUAUAAGAAACGUGCUAACAGGCACUGAUCUGCCAUUCUAAGCUGCAAUAAGUCAGUUACACAUGUAAAUCUGGGUAAUAUUUCAGCAGGAUUGCUGCAAAGCAUUUCAUUUAUCUUACCUAUAUCCAUCUCCACCAGUGCACUGUAACCAUACAGAAACCUACGUAGCACAAUGGUGUUUAUACGUCCUGGCCGUGAAACACAAACGGAACUGACCUAACAGUGGUUCUUUGGAGUAAGGAAUAACAUCAUACAAGUUGAAUGUAAGAAGUCUCUUGAAUGUUGCUUUUGAAGUAAACAAUCAAAUAUUCCUAACUGCACAAAUCUGAUCAGAAGUGUCAGAGAGAUUGUGUAAAUGUAUAUAACUGGUUCUGUAUGUAACCUUUGCUUCACAGGCCACUCUAAAGGCUGACAGAAUAGAAACAGACAACAAAAAGUGUAUAAAGUUUGUUUAUUUUAGGAUCUUUUUAUUUAUUGGAUGCAGAGAUUGUCAUGUUUGCCCGAUAAUAAACUGUGCUGAUUUGCCGUUC